CGCAAUUGAACAUGCUUACCGCGAGCUGGACUGUCCUGCCACUCUUAAUUCUACCCGCCUGUGUAUCGGCACUACCGUUCCAAGUACCGCACCAGCGGAAGAGCGUUACGCUACCUUUUGAGAGGAGAAUAAUCGCGAGAAAUGAUCUUCACAGGAGAGACAGCUUGGCCGGUGUGGUCGGUGUCGGAGACUUAGCAGACCUCUUCUACACUGUCGCAGUGCAGGUCGGCAGCACGACGACUACUGUGAACCUUGACACCGGUUCCAGCGACCUUUGGGUCAUGUCUGAUGCUUGUCACACCAAAGCCUGUCAGCAAUCCACUUCGCAGCCGUACACGUCGUCCACAGGCACGUCCAUAGGCGCGAGCGUUGUUCUCGAAUAUGGAGAUUCGACUACUGGGACACAUGCAUCGGGCCCAGUUGUAUUGGACACUGCUGCUGUAGCUGGACUGUCUAUGGACAACCAGCCUUUCGCUGCUGUUAACGAUACCAAUAAUUCGGCGGUGCAGAACGGCGGCGCCGGCAUCCUCGGACUCGGUUUCCCUUCCCAGAGCUUCGUGCAAGCUGCGGUUGUCAACCAACAGUUCAACAACCCUUCGACUACGGACGACUUUGUGAACAACAUCCCUACCGAUGGUCCAUUAAUUUCUCGCCUAGCAACGUCUGGCGAGAUCGAGCAGCCUAUGUUUGUCAUCACUUUGCAGCGCGACACGAUAGAUGUUAGCGGGCGUGGUCAGAUCACAAUUGGGGAACUUCCCCAAGGCGUGGACAACUCCUCCAUCACUUGGGUGUCAGUUCGGCUCUACAGCGUUGAGGACGGUGGUCUAUCCCCACCGACAUUUGCGCCAGGCGAAGUAUAUCCCCUACGAUGGGAGAUCCCUUUGGACGCAGUCUACCUCGACGGCCAGAAACUCCCAGACACUACACUGACAGGUAUCUCGACGGAGCUAUCUGCCCUUAUUGACACGGGGAACUCUAUCAUUCGCGGCCCGCAGGACGUCGUGAAUGACAUCCUGACCUCGGUCUCCUCCGUGUUUGCGGCGAACUCCAACGCUCAGCCGACUUUCCCCUGUUCGACGCCACAUACGCUCGCCUUCGGGAUCGGUGGACAGAUGUUUCCAGUUGACCCGCGAGACUUCGUCUCGCAGAACAACAGCGGCGACGCAACGACGUGUAUCGCGAACAACGUUGUCUCAACGGACCCACCAAGCAACGGUGCACUGUUCAGCUGGAGUCUCGGAGACCCGUUUCUCAAGUCGAACCUUGUCGCUUUCUACUAUGGCAACCUCACAAACCCGUCUAUCGACCCGCCACGCAUCGGUUUCAUGUCCACCGUCCCACAGAAUGCUUCGACCCUGCUUCAGGACGCCGUCAAAGACGCUCAGCAAGAUGGCGGACAGUUCGAGAGCACCAGCAACGUCGCCCCCACGGCUACCACUGUCUUCACGAUCGAUAGUACGUUCGUAGCGCCCACUACGCUGGUCGCAUCCCCGACUUCGCUUGACAACGUCGAAGCGACGCCGUCGGUUGCGCCUACGGCGUCUCCGACCCCAUCUACGGGAAACAAAGCACCUUCAUCUGCGGCUCGCUCCAUCUCGUACAGUAUAUUCUGGCAUACUGCACUUACAGUGCUAUUACCGCUGUCUAUCUUGCUUUGAAAAGACUAUGCUUCACAUGUGUCAAGGACUCUGUGUUUUCGUUACGGACUAUAGAGACUGGCACUCCUCUUGUCCAAUUUCGAUUCAGGCUUGCGCAUUAUCUGUAGGUCAAAGAUUAGC